AUGAAUUCCCCUGAUUGUGUAAUUGUUUUUCUCCUCUUUGUUCUGGCGAUUAGUACAGCUCACAGAUGUCAUCAAGGAUACCACGGACAUUGUAAGUUCUGCCUUUUUGACAUAAUUUAAAUUUUUGAACUGCACUUUUGUAACCUUGAACAAUAUUCUCUUCCAGCCAAGAUAGGAUACUGUAAUAGCGAGGGAUGUGCAUUGGUGCGUUGGGCCGAGUCCAAUAAAGAUGAAUAUAUGUGUGUAUCAAAACUGGGGAAACUGGGUAAGAGGCCAUGCAUGAUCCACAAAAAUAAUGUUUAGCAAACUUCCAAUUCGAGUGUCCACACACCCAUCAGCGCUCCAAAUGCAUUGACAAACAUACCGAGCAUUCAGAUGCUUCCAAUCCGGAAAUUCAGCGCCAAGUUGUUGAGGUUUUGGAAGAGGCUGGGAUCGAUCGAAUCUGUUGUUGCAGAGGGCACAAUUGCAACACCGCAAACGAAGAUAUUGGUCAAUACUUUGGCCAUGUCAUCAAAGUCGCUCCCGAAUCCCAGGCCUAUUCUUCCCACGGCCGUCCAGUCCGGCCUCGAGAUCCCGAUGAUGACUUUAAUGAUGACACUCCCCGCGAACGGGAGCCUUCCUCCGCUUAUUCUCUUGUCGCGUCUUUUCUUAUCAUUCUAUUCUCUUCCAUUCUUUAUUAA